AUGCAGUUCUCCACCAUCCUCUUCACCCUCUUCGCCAGCGUUGCCCUCACAGCCCCGGCCGUGGACUCCCCUUCCCUCCAGGCCCGCCAGGGUCCGACGGUGGAUCCGAGGUGUGACGGCUGCCGUAAAAACUGCUUCUUCACGCCGGGCCCUGACCCGGUGUACAGAGCUUGCAUAGACCAUUGCAACAAAGACCUACCUUGUCAUCUGAGUUAUUAG